GCAUAAUUGUGCUCGAUAGCCGGCGGCCCCCGGGGACGUGACACAUCGCACGCACGAAGCCUGCCGCUUUUGGCUCCGCCCGCCGUGCCGCCCGUGAGGCCGGCAGCUUUGCAUGAGGAGGCGGAGGAUGGGGGCACUGCACAUCGUCGGCGAGCCCAGGGUCACCUUCCAGCAGCAGCCCACCGCCGCCGCCGGCGGCGGCGGCAAGAACGGCCACGGCGCCGUCGUCGAGGAGAUCCACGGCCUCAUACGCGUCUACAAGGACGGCCACGUCGAGCGCCUCCCGGCGAUCCCCGACGUGCCCUGCACGUGGGGAGCCACGGCGCCCGGCGCACCGGGCGGCGUCGUGGCGAGGGACGCGGUGGUCGACCGCGCCACGGGCGUGUGGGCGCGGCUGUACGCGCCGAUGGCGGCGGCGACGACUGGGGCCAGGCUCCCCGUCGUGGUGUACUUCCACGGCGGCGGGUUCUGCGUCGGCUCCGCGGCCUGGAGCUGCUACCACGAGUUCCUCGCGCAGCUCGCCGCGCGGGCGGGCUGCGCCGUCAUGUCCGUGGACUACCGCCUCGCGCCCGAGCACCGCCUGCCCGCCGCGUUCGACGACGGGCUCGCGGCGGUGCGCUGGCUGCGGCACCAGGCGGCCGUGGCCGCCACCCGCGCCGCGGCACCUGACGAGCUCUCCUGGUGGCGGGCCCGCUGCGGCUUCGACCGCGUGUUCCUCAUGGGGGACAGCGCGGGCGCCAACGUCGCCUUCCACGUCGCCGCGCGGCUGGGCCAGGGCCACCUCGGCGCGCUGCACCCCGUCACCGUCAGGGGCGCCGUCAUCGUCCAGCCCUUCUUCGGCGGUGAGGCCCGCACCGCGUCGGAGAAGACCAUGGCCCAGCCGCCGGGUUCCGCCCUGACGCUCCCCACCUCCGACUGCUACUGGCGGCUGGCGCUGCCGGCCGGCGCCGGCCGCGACCACCCCUGGUGCAACCCGCUGUCCCGGGCGGCGCCGCGCCUGGAGACGCUCCCGCUGCCGCCCGUCCUCGUCUGCGUCUCGGAGCAGGACAUCCUGCGCGACCGCAACCUGGAGCUGUGCCGGGCGAUGCGCAAGGCCGGCAAGAGCGUGGAGCAGGCCACGUACGGCGGCGUUGGGCACGCGUUCCAGGUGCUCCACAACUGCCACCUGUCCCAGCCGCGGACGCAGGAGAUGCUCGCGCACAUCAAGGCCUUCGUCUGCGCCAGGUAGCAGCAGCAGCAGCAGCCAACCGUCGCCCCCGUUCGCCCGUCGCUAACACUCGCCGUGUUAAUCCACCCGCCUCCUAAUCCAAUCGAAGAGUAGAUGCCGUGUAAGCAACCUUGUGAAGUAGUAGUAGUAGUAAUACUCCAGUGUAUGUGACUUUGAACUACGUGUACUCCAGUUCAGCUGAAAAGCGUCCAAUGCCCAACUCCGAUUGUUGUAGCGGUGUCGGAAAGCAAAAGGCUUGGCAGAAACCAAACAAACAGAAAAACAGUGUACGACGUGGUCGCUCCAUGGAUAUAUGAAUAUGAUUGCUGUGCAUUUCUUAUUGACACAAGCAAA